AUGGCGCCCAGGAAACCUCCGCCGCCCCCGGUUGUGCGCUUGACCGUCAAAGGAGUCCCAGCAAAGAGGCGUGGCCCAGCUCCAAAACCAUUAUCAGAACGACCUUGGACGGCCCCAAAGCCUGUCAGAAGGGUCGAACGCUCUUAUACCAGGGAGCGCAAGAUCGAGGUUCUGCAAUUCCUGCUAAACCAUCGGAUUGCCGAUUACCGUCCACGCAAGGCACCUCGUCGUCGAAUCGGCCAGCCGGCACAUGAACAGGAGCCCGUCCCCCAAACUUCGACUCGCGAUGAAAAUGGACAACUAGUCUGGUAUCGUGCUCCUACUUAUGUUGAGGCUUCCGAGUGGUGGAAGAUUCCCAUUCCGACCAUCCAAGGAUGGUGGGACAACCGCGAGAAAAUCCUAGAGGGCACAGGCAUCGAACUGCCCAAAGCAAAUCCAGGUGAUUCUCCGGGUACAGUUUCUGAUCAGCCAAGACCGGGAGAUCGCGUUGAGUUCACCGUCAAUCCGCAAGCACCUCCGUCGGCAUCUCGAGAGGGAUCUGAACAGUCACAGCCUCGACCGCAACCACAACGCCAACCGACUGCGUCUUCAACUGGUGGAAGUGUGAGGGGAUCUCAGCAAGGAGCCGCCAGGAACACUCAUGCUCGUGCCAUCUCAAUUUCUUCCAGUUCCACCACGCACCCGCCGGCUCCAAGCACACCCGCUGCCAACGGUCCUGUUGUUAGCCCUCCUAUUCUCAGAUGCCCCAGCCUCAACAGCCUCAGCCUCCAUUUUUUAACCCUUACGCGCCCAAACCCAAUCAAAUCCCUCCGCAAUAUCAUCAACUACAACCCGCGUAUCCUCCGCAAGUGGCUCAUCAUCAGCCACCCCCGGGAUACCCUCAUCAGCCGGGACCGCCCCAAUUCAACCCUCAGCAUGGCUACGGCCAGCCUCCUCCUCCUCCUCCUCCCCCCUCACUAUGGUCCUCCGCACCAAGCUCCCCAUAUGCCAGGUCCUCCUCGUGGCCACCCCGGCUACCCUCCAUAUCCCCAACCAGGCCCAGGAGGACCAGGAUACCCACCUCAUCAAGGUGCACCAUACCAAGGAGGACCUCCGCCACAGCCUCACCCGGGAGCCCAACAGCCACCAUAUGUGUUCGGACCACAUAUCCAGGUGCCAAUGAUAGUUCAGUUCCCCCAAUUUACGCCCUAUUAUGCCACUCCCCAGGCGCCUCCAUACGCGCAGCCAUCCGCACCUCCUCCCAACCCUCCGCCUCAACCACCUCCGUUUGCACCGUUUGCACCGGGCGGACCGGGGCAAUUCCAGGGCCCGGCACCACCGGGAAUGGUACUAGCCCCGCCGUUUCCAGGUCCGAGAGAGGUUAGGCCGCCCAUGCCAGCUCCCCCUCAGCCUGCCCCUGGUCCUGUAAACGCAAGUUUCAGCACUCAGCCGCCUCAGGCGGCCGGUUCCGAUCCAGCCCCGAAUCCCCCGGUGACUCCUCCGAGACAACAGCCUGCGGGACAACCAUCAGAUGCACAAGAAUUACAAUCCGAGUCAGACGAAGCGUCGCCAGCUGGUCAGCUAUUGGCCGAACAAGAGGCAAGGAAUACGGUGCAAGAAAGCCGGAGCCGGGACCAGUCGGCUGGCCAACGGCCAGCCGAGUCAAUCCCAGAGGCUGAAGCGGCAUCGAAAGACCAAGACCAAGAGAUGGGCGAUAAUCGGGAUAAGCCUCAGAAUCAGGAUCAGGAGCAAGAUCAGGAGAUGGGCGAGGGCCAAGAAGAACAAGACGAAGAGCAGGACCAGGACCAGGACCAAGAGCAGGACCAGGAGAUGGAUCAAGACCAGCAGGAUCAAGAACAGGAGAUGGACCAGGAUGUGGACCAAGAGAUGGCCGAGAAGAUGGAGAAAGAAAUGUCCCAAGAGCAGGAGGAGCAGGAGAAGAAGAAGGAGCAGGAACAGGAACAAGAUCCAACUGCAGACGUCUCCGCCAGCGAAGAAGCCGACAAAGAUGACGAUGACAACGUCUCAAAGGAGACCCCUGAAAAGCCACAGCAGGAUGGAAGCGCAGCCGUGGAUUCUGCACCAAAAGACCGGUCCAAGAGCACAUCCCCAGUGUCGACAGCUACCUCUCCCGCGUCAGAAGAGGAAGCCUGA